GCGUGCGCGAGAAUGUGGCGCAUGCGCGCUUCUCACCGGACAGGGACGCAGGUCUCAGUGUGAAAGGCGGCGGGUGAUCAUCGUUCCGAGUCCAGCUGUUGGACAGGCGGAAAGCUCUGUUUACCGGAAAUCCAGCCUAUUGUGGCUGUCACGCUUUUCCAGCUGGGGUUUGGUCCAGUAUGGCGGCAGACGGAUGGAAAUACUGAUGACAGUCCGCAAGAUCGCCUCGAUAUGUACGAUGGGCGCCAAUGCCUCAGCUUUGGAGAAAGAGAUUGGACCAGAACAGUUCCCUGUAAAUGAACACUACUUUGGUCUGGUUAAUUUUGGCAACACCUGCUACUGUAACUCAGUGCUGCAGGCUCUGUAUUUCUGCCGGCCGUUCCGGGAGAAAGUGCUUGCCUAUAAGGUGCAGCCGCGGCGCAAAGAGAGCCUGCUCACAUGCCUGGCAGAUCUCUUCAACAGCAUCGCCACUCAGAAGAAGAAAGUGGGAGUCAUCCCUCCUAAGAAGUUCAUCUCACGGCUGAGAAAGGAAAACGAGUUGUUUGACAACUACAUGCAGCAAGAUGCUCACGAGUUCCUCAACUACCUGCUCAACACCAUCGCCGACCUCCUGCAGGAGGAGAAGAGCCAGGAACGGCAGCAGAACGGCAAGGUGGUACAGAAUGGAGGAGGAGGUAGUGGGAGCGUGAGCAACACAGGAGAGGCAGACUCGGCAGAGAAGAACCAGCAGACGUGGGUGCACGAGAUCUUCCAGGGCACUCUGACCAAUGAGACACGCUGUCUCAACUGUGAAGCGGUAAGCAGUAAAGAUGAGGAUUUCUUAGAUCUCUCGGUGGAUGUUGAGCAGAACACAUCCAUCACACACUGUCUCAGGGGCUUCAGUAACACGGAGACAUUAUGCAGCGAAUACAAGUACUAUUGUGAGCAGUGUCUGAGUAAGCAGGAGGCACAGAAAAGAAUGCGUGUGAAGAAAUUGCCCAUGAUCCUCGCCUUGCACUUAAAGCGCUUUAAGUAUAUGGACCAGCUGCAUCGCUACACCAAACUAUCCUAUCGUGUGGUCUUCCCUCUGGAGCUGAGGCUCUUUAAUACCUCCGGUGAUGCCACCAACCCCGACCGUCUAUAUGACCUUGUGGCUGUGGUAGUGCAUUGUGGGAGUGGUCCGAAUCGGGGGCAUUACAUCACUAUAGUGAAAAGCCAUGGCUUCUGGUUGCUGUUUGAUGAUGACAUUGUAGAGAAAAUAGAUGCCCAAGCGAUAGAAGAGUUCUACGGGCUGACGUCUGACAUUUCCAAAAACUCUGAGUCAGGCUACAUCCUCUUUUACCAGUCCAGAGACUGAGCCAAUGGCAGUGUGUAAAUGGGACCGCUUUGGCCUAGUGAAAGUCAGGCUGAGGCAGAAGGCAGGGCUUGGGCUACGUACGCCCCCAUUUUAGACCCUCUUAGCCGAGCCCCGUGUCAUCCAGGUGAGCCUUUGUACUGGAGCAUCCAGCAAACAGAAGGCAGGAGCAGUUGAUUCCCGAGUGAUGUGAGUGGCAAAGUUAUCUCCAUCCAGGCAUAAUGGAAGUUUGAGAUUUUAAAUCAUCAGUCACAGACACGCACUCUAAAAAAAAAAUAACAGAACACACUGAUGGCUUAGAGAAGGGCACAGAGGUUUAUGUGAAGCCAGAUGUUUUGGCAUUCAUUUUCUGCAUGAAACUUUGCUUUUUGCUUUGUCAUGAAGGUGUGUACUGUAAAAGCAAACGUUAUUUUGGCCAACAGCUGUGAAAACACGCCACACUGUUCGCCCCACCAGAUAUCAGGCUAUGUAAGAUCACGAGUUAUAAUAAGAGUAGGUUUCAUAUCAUCAUCAUCAUCUAUGUGGCAAUAAUAUGAUGUGCCUCAGCUCUGUCACAGUGACCUGGCUUCGCUGGUUUAGUCAUAUUUAACUGUUUUUUUUUCUUCAAAUAAAACAAUCAAUCACAGUAUAUUCUUUGGGAAAGAAGCCUGCGGUUGCCAGCAUUGUGGAACAGAGAGGAUUGUGGGUACGGGCACGAUUUCAGUACGGCGGUUUAGUAAUACGGUUGGUUUGAGUUCAGCAUUAGACAUUGAGCCGUUUAUAUUCAAACAAGCGAAAGCAGUGCUUUGAUUGUCAUGGAGUGCACACUUGGUGGAACACACACUAAAGCAGUGUGCACUUUGUAGAUUGUAAUAUAAAACUAGGAUUUAUUAACGGCGCACACCGACACAAAAGCAUCGCUUGAUUAUUUAUUGCUUUUGCCGAAUAGUCCCAUUGGACGACCCAUGCCAUUUCAGUGAACGAGUUCUUUCACGAGGCAUCCAGACUUCACUUUUUAAAGACCUGAGUAGUUCAUGGCUUUAAAUGAGUAGCUAAGAUCUUGUACUCAUUAUCUCCAAGCCUCUGUUUUCUCCUUCUCUCUGUACUCGGUAAAUAUUUAACUGGAUGUCUGCAGAGAAAGGAAGUGAAGCAAAGCAUUGCGGGUCAUUUGUUAUGGUGUGACCAGGAACAUGUUCCCAGAGCAGUCAAACCACAUGUUGUUCUGUAACGCCCGUCAGAGCAGCUGCAUUCCCCACAAUUGGCCGCGUCUGGAUUUCACAAAAUCGCUGAAGUGCAAAGUACAGCCUGGUCAUGUGACAAUGUCUUUAAUGCUCGUGUGCAUUUGCGGUAAUCCCAGUCUGAGAUGACUGUAGCAUUGGGUAAUUGUUAUUGUUGGUUGUUGUGGCCUUUUUCUUUUUUUCUUUUUUUUUUGCCGCUUUGCUAGUAAACAUGUCCAGUUGUUGACAUUAAAGGGGGUAUCCGAGGUGAGUGCUGUCCCGUUCUGCUGGUUCCCAGCUGAUUAAUAGGCUCUGUGAGCCGACCUGUGACUUAUAAACAUGUCGACAGGAACAUGCACAUACCAGUUUUUUUUUUCUUCAAAUUGUUAAUCUUCCACUGAAUGAAAAGCAAAAAUGCCCUUAUAAUGACCUUGUAUCUUAAACGCAUACUGUAAUUUAAUUUCUCAGGUUUUUUUAGGGGGUUCAUCCAAACCUCUUCUCUUCACAUUCACAAUAAAUAAGUCAGUGUGUGUUUUCACUGAGACAUGGGCUCUAGGAGAAUUUCAAUGCACACACUUGUUUCUUAUCGGUUCUCAUUUCACAUAUUUAUCUAUAAGGGUUUUAAACUGAUUUGUGCUGCUGACAAAGUUUUGGAAACGUAUGUAGAGAUAUUGUUUUACAGCUGUUAUAAAGCUUGUGUAAAUGUUAUAAACAGUUGGUCAGAACAGGAAUCAUGCAAAUGCUGAUGCCACACGUUAAAGGAAUAUUCCAGCGUAUUUCAAAAACCCCAGUUCAUCUCAAAUAUAUGCAAUUGGCAUGGACAAGAAUUUCAAUUUAUUUCUAUGUACUGAGAAAUAAAAGUCCAACCUGCUGUAUUAAACUAUUGGAGAUUUAAGAGCAGACUUAUUACUUGUCUGUAGUCAUGCACUGCAUAUGUGGGGAGACUGGAGGGAGAAAAAACAAACCCUGGGAAAAGCCUGUAAGGCAUGUGCAAUUAUGUAAAAUGACGUAAAUGUUGUAUUUAUAACAUUUUCUAACUUUUAUAGCAGCCUUAAUUGAACUAUUAAUGUUAAAACUGCUAGUGCAGUAACUAGAUAUUUUAUAUCUCCAACUGAAUGAACAAAGGGAGAGGCUGAUAGUUUUUCUUUUUUUUGCCUAUAAAAUUCUAGGUUUCUAUUUUCUUAUGUUUUGCAAAUUAUUCUUUCAUAUGGAAUGCCACCGGUGCCAUGGACUUGAAGAAAUCUUUGUUACAGAAAUGUAUAAUUAUGACAUUUAUAUAUUUUUUUUCCAGAAACGCUGUAAGCUGCAUCCCAAUGAUAAUUUUGUUUAACGACGCAUCUAAGCACCGUUCACAGUAAAUGAAUGUCAACUAGAUUUUUUCUUUUGAAGCCAGUUAGCAAAUGUCAAGCGCAAGCCUGUGUAACGCAGCACCUAAGCUCUGUGAGUCAUGUGACUCCCCCACCCCCACCCCCCCACUCCCCCAAACCACUGCCCGUCAAUGUUGCACUUUUGACAAUGUACAGAUUGUAGGAAACAAACCAAAAAAAAGGUUUAAGACGGGAAGAAUGAAAUAUGUUGUUGGUUCUCAAUAAAAGUGAAAGAAGAAAAAUA